UAUAGAUGGCUCGUUGAUCGCCAUUUCCGCACGCUCAUUGGUGUUCGUAUUUAUCCCUCGCAAUAUGGCAGUAAUUAAAUGAAAUAAAAUUGUGUAAAUUGAAUGCGUGGUUUUAAACUUAACCUCAAAUUGAAAAUAAAAGAUGGGUCACCGUAAAAAGGGACGUUGUGUUAAACGAAAUAAACAAUUAAAUACAGAAGAAAAGGAAGAAUUAGUGAAAGCUCCUCACUCAUUUGUAAUUCAUCGUGGUCUACCAGGAGAACAUAUAAUAGAAUUAACUAAGGAUUUUCGUAGAAUUAUGGAACCAUUUACUGCUAGUUCAUUAAAAGCUAGAAAACGCAAUAGUAUUAAAGAUUUUGUAUCGGUUGCCGGUGUAUUACACGUUAGUCAUUUAUGUAUUUUUACUAGAACAGAACUUGGGAUGUAUCUUAAACUCUGCAGAUUACCCAGAGGACCGACGCUCACUUUUAAAGUACAUAAUUUCUCAUUAUCCAAAGAUGUAGUUUCUACAUUAAAAAAACAAAUGGUAUUUGAGGAAGCUUUUAAGAAUUCUCCUUUAAUUGUAUUAAAUAAUUUUAGCGGAGAGGGUAUGCAAUUAAAAUUAAUAGCUUCAAUGUUUCAAAACAUGUUCCCAACUAUAAAUUUAACUAAUGUUGAUUUAAGUACAAUUCGUCGUUGCGUAUGCUUAAAUUAUAAUACGACUACAAAAACAAUUGAUUUUAGACAUUAUGCUAUUAAAGUUGUACCCGUUGGUUUAUCAAAAAGUGUUACAAAAUUAGUUAGAGCUAAAAUACCAAAUCUUUCGAAAUGUCAAGACUUUUCAGAAUUUUUGACAAAAUCAACAGUAUCCGAAAGCGAAGCAGAAGACGAUCCUAACAGUCACGUUACGUUAUCGCAAAAAUUAUCAUCUCGAGGAAAUCAUGAAAAUACUACUAGUGCUAUUAGACUUUCUGAAUUAGGACCAAGAAUUACGUUACAAUUAAUGAAAGUAGAAGGUGGACUUCUCGAUGGUGAGGUUUUAUUUCACGAGUUUAUUCAUAAAACUGAAGAGGAAAAGCUUCAGAUACAAAAGAAACGGGAGGAGAAGAAAAAGCUUAAAGAAAAAAGGAAAAAGAUACAAGAGGAAAAUAAAAAGAAGAAAGAAUUGAAUAGAGAAGAACAUAAAGAAAAAUCAUUAAAAGGAAUGCAAAAGAAGAAAAAAAUUGCAGAAGAAUCUAUGGAAGAAACUGUUGUAGAAGAAGAUGAUGAUGCUCAAUAUUAUCGAGAAGAAAUAGGAGAAGAACCUGAGAAGGAAUUAUUUGAAGGAAAAGCUGGUCAAAAGAGGCGACAUAAGUUUAUACCAAGGUAUAAAACAAAAAAAUUAAAAAGAAAUAUAUCUGAAAAUGGGACAAAUGAAUAACAAAAAUUUUUUAUGAAAUUCAUAUAAAAAAUAAUAUAGAGAGAACUGCAAUUGUUAUUUAAAUGUAACUACACCGUUUAUUUGAUAAGCCUAUUUCAUAGACAAUUCAUUAUUUCAUUUUGCAAUAUUAAACUACAUAUAUUUUUAUAAAAUCACAAACGCGUGAAAUAACAUGAUGUUACGAAAGUGUACGAUAUAAAUUUCUUGAAGUUACAAUUGAUUGCAUUGAAACUUAUGUCUCCUGUUUUAUAUUAAUAUUUCUUAAAUUGAUUUAUAUAGCAUAAACAAUAUAGUGACGGAUGUGACAAUAUUGUCCGAUCAUAAUAAUACAAUUUAUAAAACACAUUGACCAUUAAAACAAAUUGAUCAUUGGUUUUGAAAAAAAAAAAAAAAAAAAAAAAAAAAAAAAAAAAAAAAAAAAAAAAAAAAAAAAAAAAAAAAAACAGAAACACGAUUUUACUUGAGUUUGCCAAUUCAAAUUUUCUAUGGCAUAUUAGAAAUAUGUUAUCCGAAUAUUUGUACUUUUUUCUUUUUUUUUCCUUUUUUUACAUAGAAACAUGUCAUUUUGAACGAACUAGAUUAUGCUUUCAUCUCUGGACUGAAUGUCUAUAUUCUUAAUUAUAAAGAACAGACACAAUCCAUUCUUUGCAACCUACAUUUUCACUUUUAAUACUUUCCUAGUGUAAAAUACCCUAAUUUUCAUCUAAUAUAUAAUCAGAAGCAAUCUUCUACAAUGCUUUUGUUUGAUAACUGUUUAGUCUCUAAUCAAGACUAAACAUAGCAUUAUUCUUACUGUUAUGAUAUAUUUUAUAGGCACUGCCCUCUUUUACAUAUAAAUCCCUACAUGUUUUUUGAUUUUUUUUUUAUUUUUUUUUUGUUUUUUUUUUUGUUUUUUUUUUUUAUAAGUUUUCAAUGUUUUUAAACAUUUCAAAAUAAAAAUCAAUUAUUAAUUAGUUAUUUCCUAAAUCGUAAAUACAUUAGGAAUAUAACUAUUGUCUAUAUGGACGGUUUAAGUAAACGUUACGAUGGUUUUUCCAUGUCCCAUCUAUCACAUUAUAAAAACUUUUUGAUCUAAUAAUACGUGUAUAUAAGUAUAUAAAUUAAAAAAAAAAUGUAAUAAUAUAAAUAAUGCUAUAAAAAUCUUAAUUUUAGCGCACAUUAAUAGCAUAUUGUAAAUUCUAAUAUAUUCUGAACUUAUGACAAACAUAUAUAUAUAUAUAUAUAUAUACUCUUAAAAAACAGUUGUUUUGUGAUGCAAUAUUUUCUAUCGUUAAUAAAAUAAUUAUUAGCUCAUUUUUAAUGGAAGCAUAAUAUUUUAUUAUAAAAAGUUAAUUUAUCAAGAUAAAGUUUAUCUAAAUAAAAAUUUUAUCAUCUAAAAGUCAUUAUAUUCAAAAAAUCAUAGAAUGCUGAAAAAAACGACAUUCAUUGUUAGGAUAAAAAUUGCUUAAAAAGAAUAUAACCUAUAUCAUGAAUAAAUAUUACAUUUUAAAGAGAAAUUUAAGUCUAAUUAUGACUAUUUGUGAAUAAAAUAUCAAACAACAGUUCAAUAUAUAUAUAUAUAUAUAUAUAUGUAUGAAAGAUCAUUAUACUAUUUCACCUGAAUAUAUUCUCUUGAACAAUGGCAGUUUUAAAAAUUUUUCUUCAGUCAAAAAUUAUGUCCUUUCUAAUCGUGAUGGAGUGGAAGAUCUAUCAUACGUUGAUGGUGGAGCCAAUGCUAAUGAAGGUGGUAAACUAGUUGUACUCGUGAGUGUACUAUCUAGUUUUCGUGCUUCGUGUUCUAAUAAUACUGCAUCGAGAGAUGGAUCUUGUGCUACAGUUCUUAAUGAAUCACCCAAUGCUUGUCUUAAUUGUUGCAUUUCCCUACCAGCUCGUGAACUUCGGAGAACGUAUAAUUGACGUCUUUUAAUUUCUUGAUUGAGUUGCUCUCGCAAUAAUUGAAUCUAAAGAGUGACAAUUUCAUUAAUUUUCAUUAAUAUUCAUUAAUACAUGUAUAUAUAUAGAUAGAGAGAGAAAGAGGAAUAAAAAUCACCUGAUUUUCAAGGCGUAUAACUUGUUGACGAUGACUUUGUUCCCUCGCCUCUAAUAACUUUUCAGCUUGUAAUUGUGCCGCUCUCAAUCGUUCUAUCUCUCCUGUUCUAUCUCUACUGGAUUCUAAUAUAGAAUGUGAUGAAUGUGUAUAAAUCGAUUUAGCUCUUAUCAAUUCGGUUUCCUUCUCUGCCAAUUGUGUUUCUAAUCUUCGAAUUUUCAAUCUUAAUUCUCUAUUUUCUUGUUCUAAAUUGUCAAAACUGUAAGAGCUACCUAAUAAUUCGAUAUGUGCCUUCUCGGGACGUUCAUAACUUUUACUACGAGUACCAACAGACUUUAAAGUUGAUACUUGAUUUUCCAAAGUACGUUUCUCAGUUUCUAAUAACUUCACCUAUGUUAUUAAUUAAAAAAUUUCAAGACACAUAUAAAAAAAAAAAAAAAAGAAAAACAGUAUAAUACAUAUUUUAAGAAUAAUUAUUUAAUAAUACCUUGUCAUUGAGCGCAUCUAAUUUUCCUCGCAUUUCACUUUUUUCUCUUUGAAUGAUUUGCAAUUGUCUCAACAAAUCUUCAUCUUUAUCCGAACCACCUUCUUGCGGCCAUUUAGUUAAUCUCAAUUGUGCUUCUAAACCUGACCGUUGAACUUCAUUAUUAGCUAAUUCAGUUUGCAGUCUUGCAAUUUGAUCUUGAAGAUUUUGAUUCAUGUGUCUUAAAUCACUCAAAGAUUGUUGAACAGAAUCCAAACGUUCGGCCAAGACUCUGCGUUCAUUUUCAGUAUUUGAAAGCUGUUUCUGUAACUACAAUUAAAUGUGUCAAUAUCAUAUGUAAUAUUAUAAGAAAACCGAUGUAAUCAUUAUUGAGAUAAUUUGUCAAUUACAUACCUGUUUCAAUUUUUCAUUAUUAUUUUGUGAACACGUAGUAGUUUCCAUGAGAUUACGUUGUAAAAUAUUAAUUUCAUUUUUCAAUUCACUUUCCGUAUUGAAUGAUUUUUCCAAUGCAAGAUUCAAUUGUUCUAUCGUAGAUUUUAACGAUGCACAACGUUCUUCUAAACCAGCACUAGUACGAUUUUGAGUUUCGCAUCGAUCUUGUAAUUUCUAAUCAAAGUAAAAUAAUUAAUUAAUUAUCAAUAAUUAUCUGUUAACCAAUAGAAAUGUUGAAUUUCGCGCUCGUUCGUUUAGAGCCAUCUAUCGAGCAAUUGUUAUAACUCUUUUAUUAUUAAAAAAUAAUAUCGGAGGAAGAUUAGCACCCCCGACGAUAGGCAACACUUUUACAUACGUGUAUAAUAAAAUACCUGUAUAUUUGCUUCUCUCUCUUGCAGCAUCAUUUGUAAUCUUUGAAGAUCUCCAUCCAAUGACAUUCUUUGUAACUCUAACUUCGUUGCACGAGCUUCACUUUUAUUAAGUUCCUCUUGUAAAUUACGUCUUUCAUUUUCCAUUCUGUUCAAUGCCUGUUUCAUCUUAUCUAAUUUUUCCUAAAAAAGAAAAAAAAAAAAAAAAAAAAGAAAAUAAUCUUUCCUAAUACAUAAAUUAAUUAUUUUAUUUUAUUUUUUUUUUUUUUUUUAUCGAUAAUCGAUCUUACUUCAUAUAAAUUCUUUUCCUCUGUGUCAGAAUUAACAAUCAUUUCAAGAUUUAUCACUUUUUCACGGAGUUGAUCGCACUCGUCUGUCUUCUGUUGUAAAAUGUCCAUCUAAAAACAAUAAUAAAAAAUAAUAUUCACAUAAAAUUCGAUUAUUGACAAUUCAUUAAUAUAUUUUAUAGUUCUUAUACUUGGCUUUGAUGGCUUGUCUCUUUCUGCGACAUUUUAGCUUCCAAAGAAUUUUUCUCCUCUUGUAUAAUCCUCAUAUUAGCUAAUAAAUUAUUCAAUUUUUCAUCGACUUUAGUUUGAUUUUCUUGAUACUCGCCAAGUUGGGUUUUUAAACUACACAAUUCGGUUUUAUAAUCAUCCUUUAACGUAAAAAUAAAAUAUGAUUUUAAAGAAUAACUUCAUCUACACGUUAAGAAUAAUUUUUUUACGUACUCUUUCACGUUCGAUUUGUGCCACUUGUUGCAUCAGUAAUCUCAUGCCUCUUCUUACAGCUUCUGGAUCAAUAUCGAUCACAAUAUCUUUGCUACUAUCGCCGUGUUCGUGUCCUAUAGUAAAACACAUUAAAAAAAAAAACAAAAAUAAAGAGGUGUAAUAAAGAAAUAUCAAUUCAAUUCAAUCCAAGCCAAUCCAAUUCAAUUUAAUUCAAUUCAAUUCAAUUUAAUCAAUUUCACACCUCUCGCAGGACUCCAUCUUCUCGAAGGGCUCAUUAAUUUAAACGGCAUAUUUACGGAACCGUCCAUUUGAAUACCAGCUAUACGACGUAAUGUUAAACCAAUGCUACUCAAUUUCUGUUCCACUUCUUUUUUAGCAACUUCUAAUUGAGAUAAUUGAGCAUCCAAAGCUCUUACCCUUCCUUCGGAUCCUCCAAGACGUGCCUAAAUAUAAAAUGCGUUACGAAUUGUACUGUGGAUGAUCACAAAAAAAAAAAAAAAAAAAAAAAUGCACCUUUCUCAUUCAAGGAGAAAAAAAGAAAAAGAAUACCUUAAGUUCUUGAAUCUGUUGAGAAGCAUCGGCUAAGCAUACUUCUAAAUUAUGCUUUUGAUCUUCUAGUUUUCUUUCACGGCAACGACUAUCCUCUAAUCGUACCAAUAAUUCUUGCUCACGGGAUCUCCAUCUUUCAUCCUCUUCGUCUCCACGAGAUCGUAACUUACCUAAUUCCUGUCUGGUCACUUCUAAACUAUUAUCUAAAUCCAAUACCUAUAAAAAUUCUCGAAACGUUAUUGUUCUUGGAGAAUAAAUAAAAGAAAAAAAAAAAAAAAAAAAAAAAAAAAAAAAGUCGAAUAUAAUAACAAACCUGUUUUUUAAUUUGAUGCAAUUGAAGUUGCAAACGUUCUCGUUCUUCCGUUUCAUUGGCUAAUCUAGCCUGUAAUUCUUUCUCGUUAUUCUGUGCCUGUGCAUUAUUUUCAUUAGAUUUUUGUAACUCGUCUUGCGUAAGACGAAAUUGUUGUUGUACUUGUAACAUAUCACGUUCCAUGUCUCGAAGCUGAACCUGAAAACGUGAUCUUUCUGCCUCCAUCGCCGUUUUUGCAUCCUCUAAUGCUAUGUUCGAUGGAAAAAAAAAAAAAAAAAAGGAAAGCAAGAUCGAUAAAAAUUAUGACAAAAAAAUAAUUCUGAUGUUAUAUUUCUAAAUUUUUUCUUUCUUUUUUUUUUUUUUUUUUUUUUUUCGGUUAUGCGAAAAGUUCUUCUAUUUUUCAAUAAUCAAAUAUAAUACCUGCAAUUUUUUGAUACGUUUCCUCUAAUGCUCUUCCUUGUUCACGCUUCUCACCUUCUAUACGUUUAAUGUGUUCUCUUAACUCUUUGUUACUUGUAUUAUAUUUUUCCUUUUCAAAUGUUGAAUCAGUUAAUUGUCGUCGAACGUCAACCAAUUCUUUGCGUAAUGUAUCAUUAAUAUUUUCGGCUUUAACAAUAAAUUGUCAAUUUAAUAAUAAUCUAUUUACAUAUUAAUCCAUAAUAUUAUAUAUAUAUAUAUA